UCAACUCAACUACUUUAAACUUUUAUAGAAGAUAUUGUCAAGUAUUUAUGUUACACAUGAUGAGCUACUACUUGCAACGCUGCAAGUAAAAUCUAAAGACUUGUUCAUGGAGCCAUCCAUAAUAUCACCCACCAUCAUUCCCACAACUUCAUGGUGUACACCCAAAAGGUUACUUGCUAUAUUUUGUGUGAUUAACUUGUUAACCUAUUUGGAUCGAGGAGCAAUAGCUAGCAAUGGUGUUAAUGGUAGUAAAGGAACAUGCACUAAAGGUGCUGUUACUUGCACUUCUGGUACAGGAAUACAGGGGGACUUUAACUUGAACAAUUUUGAAGAUGGAGUUUUAUCAUCUGCUUUUUUGGUAGGAAUUAUGGUGGCUUCUCCAAUUUUUGCCUCUCUAACUAAAAGUGUAAAUCCAUUUAGACUUAUAGGAGUUGGAUUGUCAGUUUGGACUCUUGCAACCUUAUUUUGUGGUUUUUCUUUUGAUUUCUGGUCCAUUUCAGUCUGUCGCAUGCUUGUUGGUGUUGGCGAAGCUUCGUUUGUUAGUCUAGCAGCGCCUUUUAUCGAUGACAAUGCCCCGGCUUCUCAGAAAACAGCGUGGCUCGCAGUAUUUUACAUGUGUUUACCAUUGGGAUAUGCAACUGGCUAUAUCUAUGGUGGUUUGGUCGGGAGUCAUUUUGGUUGGCGUUACGCAUUCUGGAUAGAGUCUGCAUUGAUGCUUCCAUUUGCUAUUUCAGGAUUUUUAAUGAAUCCUUUAGAGUUAAAAGGGUUAGUUCCCGCCGAUUUGAUAAAGGCAGAAGUACCAGAGGAUAAAUCCAAUUCUACUACAUCUAAGGCGAAAAUAUUCGAUGAGUUCUCAAGAUUUUGGAUUGAUAUGAAAGCGCUUCUGCUUAAUAAGGUUUAUGUUAUUAAUGUUCUAGGUUACAUAGCGUACGACUUUGUCUUAGGUGCGUACUCGUAUUGGGGUCCGAGAGCGGGCUAUAAUAUUUACCACAUGACUGAUGCAGAUUUGGUAUUUGGAGGAAUCGGAAUGGUAUGUGGAAUAGUAGGCACAUUAGCCGGAGGCUUUGCUCUCGAUUUUAUGAAUAACAGUAACACCUUAUCAAAUGCAUUUCAGCUUCUCUCGGUGACAACACUUUUCGGUGCAGCAUUCUGUUUUGGUGCCUUCUUAUGCGGAAAUGUGAAUGCCUUUCUUGCUCUUUUGUCUAUCGGCGAACUUAUUAUUUUUGCCACUCAGGUACUUUCCUCCCAUCAAUCAAUCUUUAGCAGAUGUUCAGUUUUCGUUGAAAUUAUUGUUUGCUUGAGGUUUUCUUUUCAGGGUCCCGUAAAUUAUGUGUGUCUACAUUGUGUUGAACCAAGUUUGAGGCCGCUAUCGAUGGCUAUGUUAACCGUUGCAAUUCAUCUCUUUGGAGACUUGCCUUCCUCGCCUCUUGUCGGACUUCUCCUUGAUAGGACUAACAACUGGAGAACAACUUCGUUGAUCCUAACAACCAUAUUGUUUCCGGCGGCUGGAAUAUGGUUUAUCGGAAUAUUUGUUCAUAGUGUGGAUAGAUUUGAGGAUGAUAGUGAGAAUCAAGUGUGCACUAUACCUUUGCUUCAAGAGAAGACUGAAGAAACAUCAACAUCUAAUGCACAAUCUCAAGAAUGUUGAUUUUUUCUGUUAUUUUCUUAUUUAAAAAUUAUGCGCAGAACAAAAUAUUUCUCCCUUUUUAUUUUUCACAUGUAUUAUUUGUGGAAGUGACUACAAAUUACUUACUGUAAGUCCAAAUCAACUUAUAAAAAUAAUUAGAUAGUGCUUUCUACUGUUA